AUGCAGCGCCAGGAUGAAUUAAUUGGCGAUGAUGAUGAGUACGAUGAACUUUAUGGUGAUCUUAAUAUUGGAGAGGGUUUUCUUCAGCCUCAACCGUCUGAGGCGCCUGGUCCAAAUGGUGCGGUGAAUGUGGGAUAUGGCCAGACACCAGAAACUGUUGUUCCUGAAUCUACACCAAAAGCAAUAGCUCCAUAUGUGAGUCAUGAUUCUCAAGCAUUGAAAUUGGGGUCAACACCUGUGGCUCAGAAUGGUGCAAGCAGGCUCUUCGUGGGAGAGCUACACUGGUGGACUACUGAUGCGGAAGUUGAGAGUGUUCUAUCUAAAUAUGGGAGGGUCAAGGAGUUUAAGUUUUAUGAUGAAAAACGUAGUGGAAAAUCUAAAGGAUAUGUCUGGUUGAGUUUUAUGACUCAGCUUCUGCUGCUGCUUGCAAAGAAGGAAUGA